AUGGUGAACGGAAAUUGUGCGGUGAUAGGGUGUACGAACAGCAGAUUCAAGAUCAAGGCAUGGCAGAAGAAAGAAUGCAGUGAGCAUAAAGGCUUAUGGCAUAAGGACUGUCCAUGUCCUACCCCAUUUAGCCUUCACAUCUUUCCAAGUGUGAAGCUGAAUUCUGAUAAGAGAAAAGAAUGGAUAAGACUGCUGCGAGGAACAACGAAGGGACAUAAAGAAUGGACUCCUGGCCAAAGCGAUAUGGUCUGUUCAAUGCAUUUUGUUGAUGGCCGCCCAACUUUAGAGAAUCCAAACCCAACCUUGAACUUAGGUUACGAUAAGCCAGCUAAAAAACCAAGAAGAGAACUGGUAAGGGCCGCUCCACCUGUAAUGACACCAAGGUCAUCAUCUCCAGCAACAGAAGCAUCAAGCUCAUACUCCGCUACAUCUGAAAUAACUUCAACAGUACAAGAUCUAUGCGGUAGUUCUGCAUUUCCAAAGGAUGAAGAGUGCCAAAAAUGUUUAGAGAUAAGUUCUCUUAUGGAUAGUAAGGUUAGUGUGAUUAAGAUGGAAAAUUAUGCUUUGAAGGAAAAUAUUGCAAAGUUGUCUAAAAAGCUUGAAUCCUUAAAAUUGAAAAAGGAUGAUGUCAAAGGGCCACAGAGAAUGUCAGCAGCUUUUCUAAAAUCUGAUGAACAGAUCAAAUUUUAUACUGGCAUCCAGUCACUUGUCAUCUUUAAUGCUAUUUUUGCAUUAUUUCGCCCAUACCUACCAAAUUUGGUGCUGUGGAGGGGAUCAAAGACCAUCAUUUCUACAAAAGCAAGGCCAACUGGUAACAAAGGUUUGAUGUCUCAAAAGCUAUGUGGCAAAGACCAGUUUUUGCUUGUUAUGAUGCGGCUACGGCUUGGAUUGCUACUCAAUGAUCUUGCGUGUAGAUUUGAAAUAUCCCCAUCUACCUGCUCAAGAAUAUUUUCCACAUGGAUGAGGUUUUUGAGCAGGAUUCUAGGAGAUGCAUUGAUAGUGUGGCUCGAAAAAGACAUCAUAACAACAAAUUUGCCAGAUGUUUUCAAAGGGCCCUAUAGUAAAACCAGGUGCAUCAUUGACUGCACUGAGAUAGCAAUUGAAAGACCAUAGUCAGUCAGUGAUCAAGCAGGAACUUGGUCAGAUUACAAAAAGAGGAACACUAUCAAAUUCCUUAUUGGUAUUGCUCCAUCUGGCUUUAUAACUUUCAUUUCUAAGUGUUUUGGGGGUAGAACCACUGAUCAGUACAUAUGUCAGAACAGUGGAUUCUACUCCCUACUUGAAUAUAAUGACGUAAUAAUGGCAGAUCGCGGGUUUCAGAUAAAAGAGGAUUUCCUCCAUUUUUACUGCACACUUUUUGUCCCACCUGGAGCAAGAGUCAAAUCUCAGAUGACAGCUGAAGAGUGCAAAAAGACAAAGGCAAUUGCAAAUUUACGGAUCCACGUAGAGCGUGCAAUUAAUCGCAUAAAAACAUUUAGAAUUUCAUGAUAACUUUUGUCUAUACUGAUAGCAUCUAACAUUAGUUUUAAAUUUUGAUUGAUUGUGCAGACACACACUGAAUGAGUACCUUUGGGGCCAACUGAAAUGCACCAUUUCGGACGUAGGCUGGCAAACUUUGAAAACCCGAUCUUUAAGUUGGGAUUUUUAGUUUUAAAUAAUUCAUAUAGUUCUUUCAAACUGCACAAUAUCAAACGCUUUGCCACAUAUUGCUUCUUUCCAAUGCUUAAGCAAUCUUUCUUGCCAGGUAGCUGGAAACUUUUGGAAACUUUGAAUUCUGUUGCUGCUUUUCUUAGUCCCCAAGACUUUGGAGUCAGUGUCAAAAUUUGAAUCUUUUGUCUUCUAGUUGACACAUUCAGCUUUUCUUUCAUGAGAGAAACCAGGUAAUCCAGGUCCCUUGAUUUUUGCUCUGUUUCCUUUGCCGAAUUAUUUUCUUCUGAUUCGAAACUAAUCACACUUUUAUCAACAUUUAAAACAGUGGCAACUCGUUUGGACAGUUCAUUGCUUGCUUCUCUGAUUUUUCGUUUUCCAGGCGUAACCAUUGUGUUUUGAGGCAUUGAAUGCAGUUUUAUUGGUGACAAAUCAAGGUCAAUGAAUGUGCUACUUAAUACCUCUUUACUUUCUGCAAUGGCUAGCUCAUCAUCUAGUUCUUGCGUGAAUUGGUCAUCCUGGGGUAAAAUACUUUCAUGGGGAUCACCUUGCGUCAAUGCACAGACUUUCUUUUGGCAUGAAGGGCAUAGCUUAUAUCAGGGCCGUAAAUCCCGGGGGGGACGAGGGGGACUGGACCCCCCCCAAAAAAAUCUGGAGCAAAACGAUUUUUUUGGAGAAAUUACCAUCAUUUUCCUUGUAAGAAAGAAAUCCCUGGUAGCCGGGUUAGAACCAAACUACGUUCUCUGUGUUAUUGCAACAAACCUCAGCCACUAAGGCUAUUUUUGUAAGCAGAGUGGUUUUUAUAAUUUUUUACAAGAUAAAAACUUACCGUUUUCUACCUUUUUUAUCGUUUUCUACUGUUUUCUACCGUUUUAUUUUUGAAACCAGAGUAUGAAAUAAAAAGAGAGCAGUCUGUCAUUUUAUUUGACCUAUUUACUAACUUAUUUACGUACAUUUCUAUUAUUUGUCUAUUAUUUACUUUUAUUUAGUAAAUCACUUUUUGUAUCAUUAAAAUGUAUUCAUUUUUGAUGUUUAAACAUGGCCUACUGAAAUCAGUCAAAAUAAGGAAGACGCACAUUUCUGUUCAGAAAGUAAAUUUCUACCAAUCAAUACAACAGCGUCCUAUAUUUCCCCAAAGUCUGUCACCAAGGUUUGAGCAUGACUCUUCCCCUCCAAAAUUUCACCCAAUAACCAAUAAUCUGUGUUCUUCUGAGAAACGCCGAACUUUCUAUCCUGAGCGAUUCUAGUUUUUUAUUAAAUUUAGUCUGGGGGAUGCUUUUUUAGCCUUUCUAGAAGGUAAAAUUUCAAAAAUGUUCUUCCGUGUCGGCCCCAACCAUGGUGAGUCCUCCUACGACGGUAAAAUUGAUUCUUAGCUCCCAAGGUUCAAUUUUUUGGGACCGUCUCUGAAAAAUUUUAUCCAUCCAAUCACACACACAAGUCAAUGUACUAAGGAAUAUCUGUAAAUACCUACUAUAGAGCAGAAAGUCUUGAGAAAUCCAAAUAUAUUGACUUUUGUUUUGUAAAGUAAUUUGCCCCUCAACUGUUUCCAUAACACAUACCAUAAAUCCCUUGUGGUGCCAUGACCCACUGCAUACUUUAUAUUCAUUUGAUCUGCUGACCCCCCCAAUUCACAUGACAGAUUUACGGCCCUGGCUUAUAUCCUGGAACAGCGUGCAACCCAUACUGGAUCAUGUGCUUCGCAAGCUCCAGCUUUAUUUCAGCAAGGCCACCUGCAAAAAUAGUUUUGUUAGUCAAAAUGCUUUAUCAAGUGUGUUCACGAUUUCGAAGUAACCUAAAAGGGGCGUAGAACGUGUUCAAAAGAAGGGAGCACGGCAGAAGUUUUUUGACAAAAAGUGCACUUUUCUGAGAAAAGGGACAAUUUUGCGUACAAAAAGGGGCACAAAACUUGUAUCCUCUGAAAAGUAGGGACACCUGCCCCUCAAGCUCCUACGUUACUGUUUCAUUGAAAUGGUUGGUUAUAUCAUGAAUGACAGUUUGUUUUUGUUAAAAUCAAUGUUUCUUGUAAAAAUGCAGAACUUCAGCGUAUCCUUUUUAGAUUUUAGAAGAUUCUUAAUGGUAAGGCUCACUAUCGCUGCUCGAUGUUCAAUUUUGGUUGAAAAUAGAUAUAUACGAUUGCUUGCUAACAUACAUACCUUUAAUUUUCUUUGUGUGGGCAUGGAAAGGAUCGCAACACCACGUUUCCUUUAUGACGUAUCUUUUUAAUAUUUCGUGUUUAUGAUGUAAACAAAUGUCUGCACCCACAUUUAAAAUCGAAAGUCCGGAUCUCCACCAAAUGAUUUCUCGUUCCUCCAGGUCAAGAUCGUCCAACUUUUGAAUUCCCAGGUUUCUGCUGUAAGACUUUAAAUGACAAGGCGUGCCAAUAUUUUCACCAAUCGAACAAUUCUUCAAACUCAUAGUUACACCAAAACCCUAAACUGCUUGCGUCGUAUCGAAGUAACAGAUCAACUUUUUAAAAUGUCUGCUGUGUAAAUUACUGCGCAAAUGUGAUUUAAAUAAAACCUCAAAAAAAACUGAUACACCUGUUCCUGACAGGAAACAUCAUGGACAUUAGCUGGAAAUAUUGCAGAGGUGUUAACUAUGAAGUUCUUUGAAGAACAAAGGAUUUACAUUGUUCCCACUUGUCGCAAUUCGCCUAAGAAUCAGGGUAGUCGGCUCUUCUUACGUUUCUGCAUUCAUUGCGUUCACAUCCGUUAUGAGAAUUUGAUUUCAAUGCUGCACGGGCGACUGAUCGUAAUUCGCAAAAGUGUCAUGGAAGUCGAUGACUCAUGAACAGCCUAUAAAAACACGUUCACACUUCUCCUAAUACGCAUAAGAAGCAAGAGAAUCGCCGACUUCCCCGAUUCCUACGCAAAUUACAACUGGGAACCAGGUUUAAAAAGGUGUGGUGUUUCGCGUUUACAGAUGGUACACGCUUUUUUUAUAAGGAACCACUUUAUAAGGAACCUACAUGUAUAAGGCCGAUAUAUUUAAAGAACAAAAUUUUUAUAACUGCAAGCAUCAAGAACUAAAAAGCCGGUUCCAUUCAUUUGCAGCCAAUAAUCGCAUAGAUUGUUUGCUAUUCGUGUGUCAAGUGCUUUGUCGAGUAGUUUCCGCAUAUGCUGUCUCGCCCCUCUCCAUUAAGUGUUAAGGCUUAUUGAUGUGCAGUAAAAAUUAAGGAACUUUUAAGGAACUUUUGGUAAUAAAAUCUGAUGAUUUGAAGUAUACGAAUAAGGAACUUUUGGAACUAGGCCUUGAGGUAGGUUCCUUAUAAAAAAAGCGUGUACUUCAAAACUUAAAACAAAUCUGCACAAUAACAUGUCAUGAUGUUAGCUUUUGGCAGAUAAUAAUUUUGAAAUAAAUUACAUCCCUAGAAAAUUUUACCUUGAAAUAUGCAUUUUAGGAAUUGCCGAAUUUUUGCAUGGGUUUUCGGAUUUUUUUCAAAAUUUUGAACGUUUUUGUAGGUCUUCGCACUCCCUUAGCAUGUAUAAAAGUAAAUUUGAACCAUUGAAAAUGGGUUGUAUUGAUGGGAAAGAUAUAUUCAAUUAUAAACACCAUAUAUUAUAAUAGUUAAAUUCUAUUUGUAAAACACCAAUUCCAAUAACAUACAGUGUAUUUCCUAUAUAGAUGGCUUCAAACAACUGAGAAAAAUGCUAAAUUUUCACGAAUUUCUCACAAAUUUGCAAAGUGCAUAUCUCAGAAACCAAGAAAAACCUUUUGCUGGUUCUUUGUAAAUUUAAAGUCUGUCCUGUGUACUUCUUGGAUGCACAAUUUGAAAUUUGUCACAUUUUUCCAACAUGGUGAAUUUUUUCAUAGUUUGGUGGAUGGUAAAAGCGAUUUGCGAGUAUAAGAAAUUAUAUUCUGGUAUAAUUUACACUGUUUUCUAACGGAUUAAGUGCAUUUCUGUUGCAAUUUUUGAAUUCAUUGCCCCUAAUUUAUCCAAAAAUGAUAAUUUAAUUAACGAUUUCCAUAUACUUUAUGAAAAUUUCUCAAAGUUUACUUUCUCUGCACAUUCAAAAUGGCGGAUAUGUGGAUAAUAUUAUGCUGAAUCAGCAAAAAUUAAAAUAACUAUAAUAUCUGAAUGAGCAAAGAUAUCAACUUGAAAUUUUCAGGUUAUUUUCCACUCAAAAUGCUAAGUAUCUGAUAGGAGUAUCAGGAAAAUUUGAGAGGGUGCAUUACAUGACGGUCCCUCAUUGGCAUGGAAUGACCCUGAUGUAAGAAUUUCUGAACUUGGCUAAAAGUGAAGUAUCAAGACCAAGUUGAAUGCUUAUUAAAUAUUCAGUGUUUUCGAGAACACUGUUUAUAAAUUUUCUAAGGCCUUUGUGAUUUUAAAGUGUGAGAAGGAAGAACCGCAGGAUAGGCUGCCCGCCGGAUUCUGUGAAUCUUGCAAUGAGAUUUUAAAAUGAAAGGUAUACAGGAACAAAGCAAUACGACGACGAGAAUCCAAUGCCACGAAAUAAAAUUUUCAAAAUAAAUUAAAUUUAAUUUUAUGAUUUUGUCCUUGAAAGAGUAGACAUUUUCCAAUGACAGAGGCAAAUAGUUUAAAAAUUGUUACAAUUGUUGGUGAAUUGCUCACUGGUAAUUCAACAGCAUUUGCUCAUUUGGAGUUGACUGGUGGUUGAUUUCUUUAUAAUUGUAGCUUUUUAUGUUCCAAAGUAUUAAGUAAUUAGUUUUUUAUCAUUUCAGGAUUAUUUGUAUACAUAUUGUCAAUUAAUGAGCAAGUAUCAGUUGUGUAUUUGUUGAUAAACUGAGUAUAUCCUUUUUUAUCGACCAUGUAGGAAGUGAGGUGAUGUGCUUCUGAAGAGAGUGUCAAAAGAUUACCAUUAAAAUCGCCUAGAAUUAUUACUGAAUAUUCUUUGUCUUGAGAAUGGUGUUAUGCAAAAAUUCCAUGGCUUCUGUCAUUUGUAUUUUGGUCAUGUGGAAUUGAAGCUGUUUAUGCAAUGUUGGUUAUAACAGCAGAUUGAAUGUUAUAAUCACAAGCAAUACCUUUCAUAUGUAGAUGAAGUGAUCUUGCAUUCUGGAAAACAACUUCAAACACAUGUUGGCCUUCAAUAUCAAAAAGCUGGAAAGGAAUCUUUACAGAAGCCUCUUCUCUCAACGGUCUCCUUUCUGAUUUGACUUUUUCCAUUGCUGCAAUUUCACUUUCAUUUAAGUUAAAUAUAUCAAGAUUUUAAAGACUUGUUACUCUACUUAGUCCGACAUAGUGCAUAUGUUCUCUUGUAUUACUAGGAAAAUCAAUGGCUACCUUGGACAAAGUAUCACCUUGUGAAUGAUGAAUUGUCUUUGCAGCUGGUGGUGGUAAUGGAAAUAAUUAUAAUCGCUUAAUUGCAAAUAAGAAGCGUUAACAUUGUUCUCUCUCCUACUUGCAUAUCUAUACUUCUCGGCAGUGCCAAGUGUCUCCUCUCUUACACAGUUCAGGAGCCUCUCAAUUUCAUCCUCCAUACAGGCGUAUUUGUUAGCAAUGUCAUUGGUUGUGAUUAGGUAGCUCAACAGGCUGACAUCAAUUUGUAAAUCCAAAGGCUGCAGAAGACAAGAACCUGUGUAAAUCAGACAUGAUAAAGAAUAGUAGAACUUCUGUCUGUAUUUGAUACAUGGUUCGUGUGGUGUUAACUCUGGCAUCAAUGUAGUUAGAAUUUCCCAACAAUAGCUGGCAGGAAAACUGAUGGAUGAUUGUAAUGGAUGACGGCAACUACACUUACUUUUUGCAUAACCUCUUGCUCAUGCAGCAAACCAUAUCACAGAUCAGAGAGCUUUAUCAAACAUCAAUUAUUUACCAUCAGCUUUAACCUUAAUUGGUUUCCUUCCAGUUUCAAGGCGUUGAGGGGGGACAUUAUUGCGAUACCUUCAAAACAUAAUUAGAAAAAGGUAACAAGCAUGACACCAUUGACAAAGCAUGAAAGUACCCAAAACCAGAAAAUUGCUUGUUGCAAUUGUCUAGGGCGAUCCAAAAACCGGCAGAUCUGUACGUAUCAACUAUAUCUUAAUGAACCUCAAGGACAAGCUCCUUAACAAUUUCUCUAGUCAAGUGAAACAAAGCAUCAAAAAAACUAUCCUGAAGAAAACCCUUUAAAGUCAGUAAAAUAGUUAGAAAAUGAACUAACAUAGUCUGUCAACAAGUAGUUUUGUGACGGUGAGAAGAUUGAUAUACAAAUAUAUCUGAGAGAUGAACGACAAAUUAGGUUUUUAAAGAUGAAUGCAGUGCAAGAGUUUUAAAAAUCAGGAACGAAACUCUUGAAUAUCUGAACAUAACAUGAACCUUCACUUCGGCUAUUCCAGUAUAUAAUAAUGAAUAAUAGAACAAUAGUGUCCAUAGAGAGUCCAUAACAGUUACCAUUGUUCUAUUUGCUUGCGACUGACAUGCGAUUCCAUUGGCUUAGCAUGCUCUAAUGGAAGAAGUUGCACAAACUCGCGCAGCAGCAACUUUAAAGACCCCUUGAAUUGCUCCAGAAAAUCUUCACAAUUUUCCAGACUCUAACUGUAAUUCUGAAAGAGAGUAAAUAAAGGAUCAAUAUUACCAUGUUUGCUACGCAGACACAAGCAGAUAAACUCCAGAAAUUGUGUUAAAUACACUACAUUUUUCACCUCGAGUUAUCAAACAAAAAUUAAAUAAAGCAUUUUAUUUGACCUUGGCGUUUAAAUGAGGGAUGACAGAUCUACAUAAAAGGGACGCAUUGAAAUUUAACAAUUUUCUUGUAAUUUUCCCUUAUUGAUAAACUUGUUUUGUCCUCCCUUUUCCUACUUCGCCCACAUUUUUCCCGUGCAGCACCCUUGGCAUGCUUCAUCAUCACAUAAACGUCUCUCCUGUUCUUCUCCUGCGCUGGCUGCUUCAUCGGACUUUUUCUGUUCCUCUGCUUCCUCUGAUUUAAUUCUCUGCUUUUUCAUCAAUUUACGUGUCACUCUCAUGGAAUGUUGUCGUUUAUUUCCUCUCUCACAUUCAUCUUGUCAUUACAGUCUUCCCUGGCUGAAACUUCACUUUUCCUGACAUAUAAUAAUAACGAUUCCAGGAUAAUAUCUAAAACUGCCACAAUCGGUCAGUUAGUUUCUCUGGAACCAGAAUUCGGGGACACAAAUGAAACAUGUUCUGGCCACCAAACUGGUUUCUGCUUCUCCUGCAACAUGUGUUUUUCCAUUUCACCUGCAAAAAUACAAAAAAAUUUGUUACAUAUGGUAUCUUUCUAUUUGAAAUAGAACUUGAUUGAUGUAUUUUUCUUUUUUGUUAAGAAAAUAGUAAUCACAUUCACAAGCAUACAAAUGAUGUAUUUAUGAUUAAAGUUUUCAAAUUUUAGUACAAUGAGCACUUCUACUGUUACCAAAUCUAUUCAUUUUUAUAAACAGUCUGGCUGGUACAGAGACCUAUCGUCUUCCCAAAAAAUGCAUAAAGAGUAUAAAGUGAUACUGACCAUUCUCUAGCAAAAUAAAAAAAAAUUAAAAAUAAACAUCAUACUUACAAGUUCCAAGAACUGCCCGUUUAAUCAAUUUUCUCUUAUCAUUAAUUGCAAAUUCAUUUUGGAGUGAAUGGGGGCUUUUUUUCCAAUCGUCUCAACGAUGAAUUGAUUGAUUGCUAAAGUCAUAUUGAUUACUAUUGAUUGAUGAAAUGAAGAUUGCUAUUGUCAUAAAAAUACAAUAAAUACAAAGCUAGGUCUGUUUUAAAGUGUCCCUUCCAGAAAACCUCAGAAAAAUUACAAUAAUGACAUAGAAACAGGUACAACAUGAGGCAGGCCUGGCCAUUCAAUGAGAGCCAUAGCUCUCGCUCCCCUCCAGACUCUCCUCAAAUGCUGGAAGGGAGCUACAGAUUGCUCUCCUAAAUUGCUCUAAAAAGUAAAUUGCUCUCCUCGAAAUUGAUUUUUCGUUCGUUUCUAUUAUUUUCUUAUCUACAACUAGCUAUUAGUUAUUAUCUUUGGGCAUCAGAAUAUCUUUUCAACUACGGCAUUUGACAUGUAUGUUUCCAUGUCAACAGAUUCCCAAUUGAGAUUCCUUUGCUGUCAAAUUUUGUUAUGAUUGUCAUGGUCGUUAUUGAUAAUUUUAUGCCACAGUACUGCUUAAUAGCAACAUGGCUGAAGCUCCUCUAUUUCUCUUUUAGAACGUGGCCAGAGUGGUCUAAAGGAACGUCAUCCCUCACGUAUUUUGGUGGGGAUGGUUCAUCCAGGGGAAAUAACCUUUUCUCCCAAUCCACUGUAACUGUCCUUGGACAGAAUAGAGGCUGGAAGUUUGUUUUUCAUUUGUUGGACAGUUGGUGGUAACUGAUAAAAACGAUUAAAGUUUAGUUUCAAGGAACAUCUGAGGAGGUCACUUCCCUGAAAGCAAUUGAAGAAGAAGAUGCCCUGUCUGCCAGCAGCUAUAUUUGAUAAAGUGACAGGAUCACCUUCGUUUUGUUUUUGGAUGAAGAUAUCCCGGUUUAUAUCUUUGUUCCAUUUCUUUAUUACUCUCACUGCUAUCUGUAUUGUUGCGGAUACUUUUAAUUGAAUUGUAAAACAGGGAUUUCCUGGAGUUGUGACCUUUUCUUCAGAGAAAAAUAGUUGUAUAUCCUGCAAAUUGUUUAUCCUGCAAAUUGAGAGAAACAAUCUAUUACUGAUUUUACGUUGUAGACGGGUGAUGCGUCUCAAGCAUGUAAUAUAAACUCUUUGUUUUUUAUAAGUUGAAGUUCAGGCUUGUUAACUGAAGUUCUGGCUUGUUAGUCUUGAUAUUCCGAAAAAUCAUGACUAGAUUGCUUUAAAUUUGUUCAUAAAAUAUUAGGUGAUAAGUAGUGAAAUCGGUAGUUAUUCGGCCCAAGGGAAGAUAUAAAGUUCAAUUUGCCAAUAAAACGAGUGAGUCAUCCAUUAUUGAUGGACGAGUUUUACUGCUCGAGGUCCUCGUGUUUUCAAUUAACAAAGAGUUAAAGGAAAAACAAGAUUUUCUUAUUAAAAAUAUUUUCUUCUAUGACCAGUUCUUGAAAUCAUCAAAUAAGUUUUAAAAGAGCGCUACCUGCCUUGUCUCUUAGACUGGUUAGUUGUUCUAAGGCAAUCUAUGUGGUAGAGCUUGUGAACGUAUGUUUUGUUUAGAGCAAUAAUCCUUAUUUAAAGUAAAUAGAACGCAAUGGUAAGGAGACUUGCUGUGAUUAAUUUGUUUAAAAUUUCAUACGCAACAAUGUUACCUUGACAGGGCCCAUGUGACAGAGGAGGGGAUAGGGGCCAUGGCCCCAGAUUUUUCACAGAGUGGGUAAUUUCGAAUGUGCAAUAAAAGGUGAACAAGGCCUUAGCCUUCCCACUUUUACUAGCAUUGUCACCCACUGACAAAUUCGUGGCAUGGACCCUGUUGAGUGUUUAGAAUGUACAGCAAUGUUUGAGGUAGACGAUUUCAAAGAAACCUAUUACUGACUGUGAUAAGUGAAAAUGUCAAAAAUAGCGUAGAGCACUUACUGUGGCUGGGAGGAAACUGGAGUGGGCUUGUAGUACUGCUUGGAAGAAACUUUCUCUUUUGCUGUGGUGAACUCAUGUUGACUAGAAAUAUAUGUAAAAAUUUUGAUAAUCAAAGAGAGAAGACGAGUAUUUGUUAUAAGUGAUUUUUGAAAGGUGUUGUAAUAAAGAGUGUAGUGCAGGGGUGCUGAGUUCCCUUGUUAAAGCCUGAAAUUUGCCAAAAUCUUACUUUUGUUAUUGUUUUUGAGAACAUUAUGUGCAUGAGCCCUCCUCGUUACUUUGAUAGCACUACACCAUUGCUAGUAACUAUGUUAUCAUAAUUUAGGAUCUGAAACUUUAAUAAAAUUGUGAGUGCCGUUUGUAUUAAAAAUAUGUAAAUCAAUUUGUAUUAAAUUUAGAAACCGUACAGAAUUAUUUUAAUUGUUAAAAAAUGGAAUAUAAGUUCUCAGUCAAUGGAUUUGACAGAGCCGAGAGCAGUGCAAGACGAGGAUAAGUGCAGGAGCAAAGUCAUUGAUGCAGUAAAAUUUAAAAUUUGAUAUAAAAUGGUAGUACAAUAUGGUAUUGCACACUUACCUCGGGCAAAUUGAUUUUAAACUGCCUUUCGUUAUUGGCGACUUCUUUGUGAGACUUGCAAGGAUGUCUAUGAUUGUUUGGGUUUGAAAAGAUCGCAGUUCGUAUAAAGAUAGGCGGUAUGAGUAAUUAUAAUUGGUUUUUUGAUGAUGUUAUAAAUCGUAUUGAACAUCGCAACAUCAAGGAAGAAUUUAAGGUACUUUUCGUUCUAGAUAGAGAUAUUUUCAGAUUAUAUUUAAACAGCCUAAGUGAGAUUCGGUAUUCUAUAAUUGAUAAAGAUGUAGAGUUUUUGGUGAAUAUAAUCUAUAUUUAGGCUAAUGUAGGAGAAAAUUUUAAGGAAAUGUCUUUUUAGUAAGGAUCAGUCAUAAUUAACUGUAAAAUGAAGCUAGUAAUGAAUAUCUAAUUUUGAUAAUGGACUGUCAAGAUGGACUUGUAAAGCAUAAUUUUGUUUUAAUUUUCUAGUAAUUAAUGUACUGUGCAAAGAUAUUAAUUAUCAUAUGUGGAACAUCCAAAUUUCAGUGGCAGCUUUAAUGUGAACUUUAAUUGAAACCCAAGUAUGUUGUUUCACAAAACAGAGGAACAAUGAUUGAAAAUACGAGAACUUGUGAUCUCUUUGCUAAAGGAAGAUCUUGUGAUCUCAUUUCUAGGCUCUUAAUUAAUUAUCUUACCAUAUCUGAUAAGAUGAUAAACAAGUUUUUGUAAAUUGCCCUUUGCUCAAUGCUCUUUUCAUGGACAUGAUGCAAGAGAUAAAACGCUGACAAAUUAACAUCUUUGAACAGAAUGUUUGAAAAUUUUUGCUGUUAAUUGAAACACAAAGGAAUGAUGGUAGGCAAAAGAAAAACAAUUUUUGGUGGAAACAAAAGCAAAUUGUAAAAUUCUAGCCACACAUCAUGUUUCUCCCCAAAAUCCACCCAAAGCAAGCUGACUUUUUUAAAAAUAGAUUUGAAAUCAUUUUAAAAACAGGAAAAUUUGUCUCAUGACUUCAAUAAUAUAUAGAAAAAGUUUCAAUGAAUAAUUUCUUUGGAGAAGAAGAGAAUUUUUCUUAUGAACAAGUAUGUAUUCCUUCAACAUUUGCCAAUCUGCAGCUCUGCAGACUGUGCCACACAGCAAAACAUCACAAAAUGGUUGGAUGAAUAUUAUAAAACUACGAAGUUUUACGGAAGUUCUUCUUCACAUUAAGUACAACAAUUCAAUCAGCAGUUUUUAUAUAGAAAAAUUAAACAUCCGAAAUGCAACAGCAGUUCGGUAAUUAAACAUCCAAAAAGCAACAGCUAUCUGAAUAUCUAAAAUCACGUCUACACCCUACGGAUUGAAUUAAACGACAACUUCAACUCGACUGAAACUUGCAUUGAAAGAACAUAGGAUUUUAACAACAUGAGUGAUGCACACAAAAUCCUAAUGACACAAAUUAACAGCAAAUGGACUAAUAACAACUUCAAUAGAGAUGGCACAAUGACAAACAAAAUGACUGACACAAACAUCGAAAGACAUUCUCAUUAACAAUAAUCAACCACAAACACGAUGCACGACAGACAGUCUUUUUUAGUUGUAAUAAAUUACCUGUGGAUCAAGUUCCCUGCAUCAAGACUGAGUGUAUAAAAUAAAGCAGCUAUUUCGCUGUCUGCAUUUUUUAAAGAUGAUGUGGUAUCUACAACUUGAAUUUCGAAGCUAUCUUUCUUUGGUUGUCUAAGUAAUGCAGCAUAACCCUCGACUGAAAUAUCGUAUUUACACUCUAUUUUGUUUUUGGAGAAAUGGUUUCUUACAAGACUGUCAUACGAAAAAAUAGUUCUAGACAAGAAGACAUUUGACAGGGUGCCCCAUUCAAUGCAUCCAUCCCCUAAAUCAUUGAAGGGAACAAUUUGAACGAAACUUUUGCCGCUGCCCCACAUAUUAUUAAGUUUACAAAUUGGGUUCAAUCUGCCUAGACUAGGAAAAUGAUGGCGCAAGAUAUCCAAUGCAGCACUAAUGACAGAGCAACACAAGGGUAAACCUGAUUCAAUUUGAUUUAGAAUAAUUUCACUUUUGCAACUUUUCCACUAUAGCCUCUGGAUUUUCAAUAUUACUGCUACUCGGUGUGGUAUCAAACGAGAGAAUAUUUGCUGCAAAAUCUAUUACCACAUUAUGACUAUCAAUAACUUUACCUCAGUUAAGAUCAUCAUCAGAUAUUACAAUAGCAUUGUCAAAAUCAAGGGGUUCCUUGACGUCUAAUGGAAAAAGAUCAUCAAUAGGCCCUUCUUUAUCUUCAGGUUCGAUAUCACUUGUUUUAGAGAUAUUGAUAUUUUGCAGACACCUCUUCUUUAGCUGGGUUUCAAAACUUUUGUUUGAAUAUGAGGAAAGAUUCUGGCGAUUGCCAUCCUGUACAAACCGUUGACAAAUUCUUUAUAGUCAGGUUUUGAUGUUUGGUCUUCCUUAGAAAAUGAAACUUCCUCAAACCAUCAAACCAUGGGAAUGGAUCUAUGGAUGCUGUCUCAAGGAAGGAUCUGUCAACAGAAUCGUCUGAGCUUUGAUCGUCAUGAACUUAGUCCUCUUCUCUCGAAUGGGCAAGAAUUGCAGGACCAAAUUUGUCGUAUUUAGCAACAAGUCUCGUUCUUUUCUCCAUUUCACAAAUAACUUGCCAGUUCCAGUUUGUCAAAUCAAUGAUUAAGCGUAACAUAAAUAUAUGAUUAGAUGGAGACAUUUUAUUGAGAAAGUAUCUGUUUAGGUUGAACGAGCCAUGAAUUUGUUCUGCAACUUGACUAUUAAUUUGACCAUAGAGCCCAUUGAUGCAACCUAUCCUCUGUAGUACCUCAACUUCAUUAGAGCUGUUUCCCUCAUGGAGUCGGUCAAAAAGGGCAAAAUGUUACGCACUAUCGAUGAUUGGGUGACAGUUAGCAUCUGCAUCUUUUCCUAGCUUUGAGAAUGAAUUAAUCAAAGGAAAUGAUAGCUGUAGGUCUCCUUCAUUUGCCUUUUGGACAUUCUCCUCAGACAUCUCUCUAAAUUCCACCUCAACACUUUCAUCAUCCCUAUGAACUUUAAGGUGCUUGGAAUUAUAAAUUAUAUUUCCUAUCCCACUCUUUCUACCCAUAAAAAGUGGCCAAUAUGACAGAUUCGGACCCACUUUUAGAGAGUCUAGUUUUAUUGAACAAAACCCCCUGCUCAUCAUCUCCAUUGCAACGUCAUUCCAAAAAUUUUGACAAUCAACUUCAUCCACAUCAUCUUCAUUCAAAUCAUUUUCUGUAGGAGAAGUAUACUUGAAUGCAACUUUAUGAUUAACAUCAGCCAUCGAGAUAAAAACCACAUAUCAUGCAGUUAAACUCGUAACAUUCGCUAAGGCAUUCUAAAUGCAAAGAAAAUUUUUACCCUUUCAGUUUAGACCACCAGAUAGACUCUUGUAAAAAACUAUACAUCAAGACCGUAUAAGUAUGUUCAUAUAUUUGCUGUUAUAGACCGACAAAUGAAUAUGAUUUUGGUCCUUCCAAGCAACCACUAAUGGAUGAUUAUACAAAUCACAACCGUGUUCUAACUCAAUGCACGUGCUAACUGUUUCCUCAGACAAAACUCUAUACUUUCCACUGAAAGCCAAUUGAAAUAGUUUGUAUUCACUCAAUGUAAACUGUUGUGGAUAGAAAGCAUUAUUAACUAGCGUCAAAUGACUGCAUUCCCUUCCGUUCAUGCCUGACCACGCAGCAGUCGUCAUCUCUUCUCGACACCUUUCAUCUUCACAAUCAAUUAAUCCACUUUGAAGUAAUUUUUGUACAUGCAAAGGAUGACCCACACCCCCAUGUGAUGACUUUCUAAUCAUGUAAAAACCUUUGUGUUUAUCACAAAAAACUGCAGUGUAUGUAUAUUCUUGGCUAUGCCACCUUUUAUCAUGAAGAUUUCUAUUCUUUUUGGUAACCUUUCUUUUGCAAAUAUCACAUUCUACAUGCUCGAUGUUUAGUUGUCUUCUAGAAACAAUGGUUUUCUCUUCUAACAGCUGUUUGUCCUUUUUAGAUGAUAGUUUCUUCAAACCAAUAGCAUCUUUGUUGAGGGAAUUCUUUUUGGAGAUUGAUAAUGUUUUUCUGAUUGACUUUGUAAUCUACAUUUCCUUUGUAUAGUUGCAAAACAUUCUGUGCAGUUGUAAUGCAUUUUGCCUUCCUUAGCCUUUGGUUGUUUUUUCUAUUCAUUUGUAGUUAAAAAUCAGAUACAUUGUGUGUUAUGAAGGUGUUUAAUUGAGUAACUUUCGGGUUGCUGUCUUUUGCCCCUCAGACAUUUCAGUAAAAGAACAGGGUGUUGAGGAAAUGCAGUCAACUUAAGGAACUAUUAAGGAACUUUUAGUACUACAGUUUGAUAAAAAAAAUGCUCCAAAAAUAAGGAACUUCAAGAACUAGGCCAUGUGUUAGGUCCUUUAUAAUAAACAUGCACCUGAUUUUAUGAAAUACAUAUAUCGAUUGAUGAAAAAGAUAAAGAAAAUUAGAAAGGAAAAUUAGAAAUGUAUCUACCUAAAAUCUUGCAUUACUGCUUCUUCUCUGUUUCCUUCAAUGUUGUUUGGUCUUCUGCUUGUAUUAAUUAGCGAAGUAGUAUGUGUGUCUGCACUGCGCCGCAUUGGCAAGAAUGGCCUCAAAGUCCUGACCGCUGGUGGUACAGCAUUUUUGACGGUGUUUGCUGAACUAGAACCAUGUUGCUCCAGACGCUCUAUGCAUUCAAUGGCAUCUUUUAGUGCGGAUUUUAUAUCUUUACCUUCCUCCAUGAUAUUAUAUGUGUAUCUUUAUCUACCAAAACAGGUUGAAAAUCAGGUGUUGUAAAUGUAAUUUAAAAACUUCAACGUCAAUUCCCCUUAGUUGAAAGAUUAGCAUUAAGCUGCUUAUCAAAAAUAAUUUCAAGACACUUCUCCUCCUCUUCCUCACCUCUUCUCUUCCUCUUCCUCACCUUUCUUCCUCUUCCUUACUUCUUUGUGAUGAUAUAAAACAAUUAUUUACAGCUACUGCGACUCUGCAGAUAAAAUUUGCAAUAUUUUCAAUGCUUCAGUCUACUAUGUGGAUUCUUAGACACAUCAGUUUGCAAGGAUUCCAGGUUUCCCUUCUUUUUCAUCAACUCAUUGACUUUGGAUGCUUUUAGGACGAAUUCGUCAACAAUUUUUGUUGCAAUCUCCACCAGGUAUUGACUCUUUUCUAUUCUUUUACCGUUUUCAUUAACAGGCAAUACCUUAGCAGGUUUCCCAUCUAUUGAUGACAUCUCCAUGAUAUGCAAAGCAGAUACAAAAACACAUGCCUUUAUUGCUAAUGCAAGGAAUGUCUUGCAAGGAUUCACAUGGUGCUUAACAUCAGAUGAAACAUUUCUUCUGUCAAUAAUGUUUCGGUCUCUAUACAAAGUGCACUUGUCCUUUGCGGAUGUAGGGUGGUAAAAGGCACUGAAUAUGAGCUAGAAGUAUAAGAAAGUUUUAAGGAAUUUGUUUACAUAAAAGUUAUGAAGUAAAUUAUCUACAAUAGGAAUCAUUUGAAGAUUGAUAAUGUUUUUCUGAUUGACUUUGUAAUCUACAUUUUCUUUGUAUAGUUGCAAAACAUUCUGUGCAGUUGUAAUGCAUUUUGCCUUCCUUAGCCUUUGGUUGUUUUUUUCUAUUCAUUUGUAGUUAAAAAUCAGAUACAUUGUGUUUUAUGAAGGUGUUUAAUUGAGUAACUUUCGGGUUGCUGUCUUUUGCCCCUCAGACAUUUCAGUAAAAGAACAGGGUGUUGAGGAAAUGCAGUCAACUUAAGGAACUAUUAAGGAACUUUUAGUACUACAGUUUGAUAAAAAAAAUGCUCCAAAAAUAAGGAACUUCAAGAACUAGGCCAUGUGUUAGGUCCUUUAUAAUAAACAUGCACCUGAUUUUAUGAAAUACAUAUAUCGAUUGAUGGAAAAGAUAAAGAAAAUUAGAAAGAAAAAUUAGAAAUGUAUCUACCUAAAAUCUUGCAUUACUGCUUCUUCUCUGUUUCCUUCAAUGUUGUUUGGUCUUUUGCUUGUAUUAAUUAGCGAAGUAUGUGUGUCUGCACUGCGCCGCAUUGGCAAGAAUGGCCUCAAAGUCCUGACGGCUGGUGGUACAGCAUUUUUGACGGUGUUUGCUGAACUAGAACCAUGUUGCUCCAGACGCUCUAUGCAUUCAAUGGCAUCUUUUAGUGCGGAUUUUAUAUUUUUUCCUUUCUCCAUGAUAUUAUAUGUGUAUCUUUAUCUACCAAAACAGGUUGAAAAUCGGGUGUUGUAAAUGUAAUUUAAAACUUCAACGUCAAUUCCCCUUAGUUGCAAGAUUAGCAUUAAGCUGCUUAUCAAAAAUAAUUUCAAGACCCUUCUCCUCCUCUUCCUCACCUCUCCUCUUCCUCUUCCUCACCUUUCUUCCUCUUCCUCACUUCUUUGUGAUGAUAUAAAACAAUUAUUUACAGCUACUGCAACAAUUAUUUACAGCUACUGGAGAUGAAAUUUGCAAUAUUUUCAAUCCUUCAGUCUACUAUGUGCAUUCUUAGACACAUCAGUUUGCAAGGAUUCCAGGUUAUUUUUGUCUUAACUGUUUUAGAUGCAGUCAGGGCUGUUAAAAGCAAUCAUAAAGAAAUUCUGUCUGAUAGAGAAAGAUGGUUCACUGUAGUGCGUACAAUUGUUUUGAGGACAGUAGGAAAAGAAAAUCAUGCGGAAGCCGGAUGGCUGCUGCUGAAAACGCUUCUGAUAUUUCUGAUGGGCCUAGCCAGCCAAGACAGAAGAGUAAAACUCUUUUUAAAUUCCCCUCUGAUCCUCCCUUGCAAAAAGUUUGGAUCACAAAGAUGGGUCUUCUGAAUUUGGAAUUAAAGACACAUUCUAGAUUGUGCCAGGAUCAUUUUGAGGAGGACCAGUUCGAAGUGGGACCAAAAUUCAUAGCUUCCCUAGGACUCGAAGGAAUCAAACAUCCUUCCUUGAAGCCCGAUGCGGUACCUACCAUUUUUUAUAAGGGAUCUCCGAAAGGGAGUGGGCAAGUCAAGGGAAAAAGGAGCCUUUAAAAGGAGGACAGUUAUCAAGCCAAUUACAUCGAGAUUUCAAUUGCCGUUCUCUUUGGAGUCUCCAAGCCCGAAGAAACUUAGCCCAAAGAAGCGGUAUAGGGGCUUUGCGAAGCGACGCAGACUAGAGGUUCGUAAGACAAGUGAAAAUUAUUUUAAAUUCUACAUGAUAGUAUUAGGACUAAAGAGAUUACUUUUACUAAUAAAAUCAAGAGCUGGCUGUUUUUAAAAGUUUGAAAAAUUUUGUUUUUUUUUAAGUUUUUGAUAUAAUUUUCAGAUGAUAGCUGAAUUGGUCAAAAGAGAGGAAGCAACGGCAAACCAUGACCAUGGCAAACAAACAAGCAUAGUGCUCAUGUCUGAUGCGGGAAUUGACCCAGCUGAAAGUGAAUUAUCGUUGGGAGUAGAAGAUGAAAUCAGGCAUAAUUCUACCCAGCAGAUGUCUCCUGCAAAUGAACUUUUUAUGGCAUCAAAUGCUGAGACACAGAUUCCAAUCGUUUGGAAUUUUAAGGGCACACAAUUUUAACUGUAUAAAGUGCAAUGGUUUCAGAUGAGUUUUGCACAGAAAGAAAACUAUAGAAAAAAAGUUUUCAUGUUUAAUGCCAAAAAGAGAAAAAUGUCACCUUGUCAAAGGUACGAGGACAUAGACUUCUGUGUCCCAACAAUUUCUGCCCUAAGGCUUAGAGGAAUCUGGGAAAACUGCAGUAUUAAUGGAGACUGAAAAAGUCAUUCCACUGGAAAAUGGGAAUUUCUGUGUAACAGAUGAAGAUAAAGUAUUCCAUAUCGAGCAAAUGUCACAGCAACGGUAUAAUUGUUCUUGCAAAUCGUUUAAAGAAAAUGGAAUGCUAUGCAAGCAUAUAGAAGUUGUUUAUGAUAAUCACAACAAACUUCACAGCUAUCUUAAAAAUUUAAAAAAGCAAGACAACUAGCCUUUCCAAAUACUAUUUAAAAAUAGUCCUGAAAGUGCCGGUCACAAACCAGGCUCAAAAAAGCGGCAUGGAAAAAAUAAUGUUGCAAAGGAGCCAAUAAUUGAGCUAAUCGAUGAGCUGGAUAUAGGUCAUCAACCACCUGCCAAGUUCAUGGAACACUACCACAAUGAUGAGCCAUUUCAAAUCGGCUUUAUAAAAGACUACAAAAGAGCAGUGGCUUGCAAAGGUUGCGAAAAUGCAUUUCCCAGAGCAUUUCUCACAAUACCAUUUGACAUUUUAGUGAUUCACAGAGAGCGAUAUCAGUACCCUAUCAAACACAAAGAGGGAAGAGUCUUGAGAAUAGAGCUAACAAAGAAGAAGAUGGGAAACCAAUUUUACUGCGUGAGGAAAGAAUGUAUUUUAAAACGACACCCCUACUUUUGGAAAGGAAGGCUACAAACGGCCAACAGCGUAAAAGAGCACCUUACGCAAAGCCAUAUCUAAUUCUUCAAAAACAAUAUCUGGCUAUGAGCCUUGAAUUCACUCCAACAUUAUAAUAAAGAACAAUUAAUGCUUUUCCUUUUUUUUAACAGCUGUUUUUGUCUUGAUCUAUCAAUUAUGCUAACAUACUGUCCCGCUGAAAAAUCCACUCACAUUUUAUUUCAAUCCUGAAAGUAGAUUUUGACUUAUUGUAGCACUUUUCUAAAAUUGUCCGAAUUUCAUUUCAGAUGGGCAAGUUUCCUUUAAAAGCCAUUCUCACAGGUGAAAAUCAAUGCCCCCAACACAAAUUUCAUGGUUUCGAUUCGAUCUUGCAAGCAGUUUUAGAGAUAUGGAGAUCGUUUUGUUUGUUUCGUUAAAUAUCAUUUUUCGUUUCGUUUCGUUUCGUCGAAUAUAAUAAGCUGUCCGGCUACAACUGCUGGUACUUCAGCUACCAUUAUGUGACUUUGUUUUGCAUUCUCCCAAAGGACCACCAUCAGUUCAGAGGAUUCCAUGUGACAAACAAUUUCAGGAGAAGUUGAGAGCCAGCUUGUCUUCCUUCUGGCACAAAGUCUUCAUACCUGAGUACUUUGAGAUGCGUGGGGAGGGGGUUGGUCCUGGGAAUUCCAGACCCCUGCCCUUUUUCUCAAAAGGGGAAAAAAGCCCUUUUUCUUGGAAAAUUGCAUGAAUAUUUUGAUUAUUACGCUAAAAUGGUUGGUCAUACAGUAAAUGACACACUCCGGAGAUGUAAUGGACCUCGCAAGAAUACAGAUAAAUUAUUUAGUCAAUUUUUCACGUACUUGUUGGGUCGAACGUCAUCAUGUUGCAGUAAUAGAGUAUAUCUUCAAGCCCCAACUAUACACCGUGUUUUAUGAUGUGCCACGCACUGGCUUUGAAGAAAAAUGGUUCUGAGACUCAAAAAACAAAAUAAAGGCACAAGAUUUUGAACGGGAUAGAGCCUCUACGACCUCUGGUAAGAAGUUACAAGAAUAAAAAACCAAGACAUUUUUCAAGCCUGUCACAUAGUUGACAGGGUCAUAGAAGACCUUUGCAUGAAACGAGCGAAUGCAGAUAAAAAAUUUAGCAAGCAGUAAAGAUGGCUCAAAAAGCUGAUGUUCACAAUUAUGGCACAAUUAAAAAGUAAAACAUCUUAAACGAAUUAGUGAAUUUAAGCUAUUAGCAAGGGUGUGGUGGCAAAAUUUUUCCUUGCUUCGCUCGCAAGAGGCAUUGUUUUUUCCAUUUCCCCCCUCCCUCGGGCCUCCUAAACUUCUCGGUGUCACUGUACGGCAGACAGAAAGAAGUCAUGUGCAUAGUUAAAAUUAAAAGGAAAAAAUUAAUUUAUCACCACAAAAUAAACCGUACACCACAACUUUUCUAUAUUGAUCAGUUUCCCUUGUCUGGCGUACAACAUUUACAGAUUUACUAACUGCUCAUCUUUUCGCCGUACCUGAACAAAUGCCCCGGUGGACCUUAAAUGAAAUUUAAUUAGUGCCCUUUUUGUGUCUUGGACCCCUGCCCUCUAAAAUUUCUGGUUGCACGCCUGGGUAUUAUUGACAAGCUUCAAGAGUAUUUAUUUCCAAUGGCUCAAGCCCCCUAGCCCCCAUAAGCCUACCUUGAAGGGAAGAUUCGUUAUAUGCAACUUAGAAUUUUGGUCAAAUCCUAAGGUGCAUAUUUAGUUAAUGGUUGCUUUGUUUUAAUUAAACAUUUUCCACUAAUUGCCUAACACAAAUGGAAACCAAGAAAUGAUAUAUUUUGAGGAUAUAUAUAAGAAGAGACAGUCAGUUCAUUCUCUUAAAAAGUUAUGUUUAAACUUGCAUUUUUUUAUCUAUUUCAAUCUACUUCUGUUCCUUGUUAAGAUUGUGUAUCUGAAUACCAUAAAACCCCAAAUAUAAACCAUGAACUUUUAAAGGUUCUUAUAAGUUUCUUGCGGGUUUAUCUCUGGGGGAUGGGGGCUUACAUCUGGGAGGACUAUUGGGGUAACAGAUGACUUGCAUGUGCCAUAAAAUCAUAAUUUGGCUUCCAAUCAAGGAGAUUUACACCAACAUACUCUUGGGUGCCUAAUAGACUGGGGGGUUGAAAUAGUUGGAGGGCUGGAAAAAUCUCCAAACCUUAUUAGCAGGGGUGCGGGGUGGGGUAGAAUAAGAUGGGGGUUGAAAUAAGCAGGGGGUUGGAAAAUUCCCUUAAAUUUAAUAAAAUUUGGGGUAUAGACAAUUUUUUAAACAGUUCAACUUCUUUGGCGACCAACAAUAGAAUCUAAGAAAAACUAAGACAAAAAGAAAGACAACUAUUCAAAUUAGCAAUGCAAUGUCUUUGCAAUUACUUGAAAGCUAAUCUUGGGUGGAAUUUCUCCCAAAACUUAAUAGCCCGGGGGGGGGGUUGAAAUAAUAAUGUCCUGGGUGGAAAAUUUUGGAAAAAAUUAAUUAGUGGGGAGCAUCUAUUAGGCACCAAAGUGUACUCAUGCAAACAUUUCACGAAAGAACAAAAGUAAUAAGAGGCUCUGCCCAACGCGGGAACAGUCAUUUUAUUCAGGCAACGCAGGAACAAUUUUUUCAUUGAAUCUUCACUAUACACAGUGAAUCUCAAAGGGAAGCCCUAUGCUUUGAAUUUGGGGGCCUACAUCUGAAAUGAUAUGUAGGUUAGUACACAGGGGCCUAUAUCUAGGGGGCCUAUAGUUGAGUUGAUAUAAUAUAUAUUUAUAGUUAAACAAACUAUCUACACAAAGGCUCUUGAAUAUCUACUAAACAAGCAGCUAAUGGCGUUAAUGACAGUGGAAUUGUCCUUCCAAUAGCCAUGAACUUCUUCAAUCUUUCAUUGAAUCGUUCAAUGUGAAUACGUGCUUUAGCAAUCCGUUUUGUUUCUAUCUCCUUCUCUGCCGUUAACUUUGACCUAUUUUCUAAAAAUUGUGGUAUUUUGAUUGUGGCUUGUUUUUCAUGCACAAGAUCUUGAAUUCUGAAACCUUAAUCCACUAACAGAAGGUCUCCAGGCCCAAUGUAAUCUAAGAUCCCACAUCUUUGAGUAAUGGCAUCAUCAUCAAGGCUUCCUUCAUAGAAAUCAGACACAAAACAUGCACUCCCAUUGAGGGUCACUGCAAUCAACGCUUUGAGGGUAGUGUGGUGUUUGUAUGAGGAAUAUAGAUUUCCCUGUUUGGCAUAGUCCCAUUGGGUCUGGCUCCUGUGGGAAGCGCCAAUAUGUCAGUUGAUAUUUAGCAGGACCCAAAAACUUAAAGAUCACCCUGAUCAGGAUAAAGGCCUAUAAAAAAUUUAGACUUCUUUCUGUCAGCCAAUAUUACAUUUGGGGACAUAAGAUUUAAAUUAUUCAUUGUGCCUGCAUCUUUCGAGUCUUUGCAUCAUUUCUUAGAAUAACUGUUUCGAUUUUCUCUCCAAGCACAUACUUGUCGUAAACAUCAUCGUUAUUAAUUUCAAUAAAAAAUAUUAAAAUUUAUCAUUUUUAUUUUUUAUCUAUCAUUUCUAGAAUGACAUUAAAAAUACUUUGUCUGAUCUGAAUAAAAUAUAAUAGAAUAAAAUAACAUCAUAGGUAUUACUAAUAUUAUAUAUAGUGCCUAACUUACUGUUGCUGCUCAAUGUGCUUUGUCUUUUUCUGAACAAGUCUUUUUCUUCUGUCUGGAUUUGUGGAAGCAGUAGUCAAAUCCUUCAAAAGCACACAGACGCCACAUUUUGUAAAACUGCCUUUUCCCUGUAAGAUAUUUACAUAUAAAAUAUAUAUCUUAACAAAAGAUUCCAAGUAUAUGUAUAAUAUUCACCUAAAAACAGUUGCCUGAUGGUCGCAUCAAGCUUCAAACUCAGAGCAGCAACUUACAAUCGUCCUGUUAAUGCAAGAAUAUAGUACAGAAUUGGCUAGAAGGCAUUGAUGAUUUAAUGACAGACAAGUAAACAGUAAUUUUAAAAAAGUUCACUCAAUGCAUUUUUUUACUAUGAAGAAUGUCAACUGCAUGUAAACUCGCAAGUAUAUGUAGAGAUAGAAGUGCGCCUCAAAAUCAUAUCAGAGCUAUGAACUGUUUUAUAAGGAAUUUUCUAAGAAUAUUCAGGCACAGAAUCGCCCAAUCUUUACAAAUAUUAAAUGAAUGUAGCUUCACCAAAGCUAGCAUAUUUGUGUAUUUGAGUCUCAUUUUUCAGCAUUCUGGCUGCUGCAGUUGUCUGUCUUGCAAUGUUCAUACCUGGAAAUUGCAUGACUGAUAUUGGUAUAUCUCUUUGUUUGAAAAGCGUGCUCUCUAUUCGACCUUCCCAAGGAAAUAUGUUUCCGAAAAACUACAUUUUAAAAAUAUGUGAAAACUUUAUGAAUAUAUCCAGGCUCAAAAGGUAAUAUUUUUAAGAGUAUAGAGGUGGGGCAAAAAGUUAGACUCCUUACAAAAAAGUCUAAAGAAUCUUGUGCCAUGUCAUGAGCCACAUUUUUCAAACCCAAAAACCCAUUUAGCCUUUAAAAACGAGUUGCAGCAUCGAUAAACAGAAGAUCUCAUGUAUUCUUACCCUUGAAAUUUC